UGGGUUAUCAAAGAAGAAUAGACGCCUGUCGCCCUAGUUUGGGGGGGAAAAUUGAGAUUUUCAAGUGUCGAUCGACGUAUAACCAAUUUGCUUCUAACCUGCAGGAACCAGCUGCACACGAUCUAAGCGUCAAAAACCGCAUUCGUUGGUGAGUUCUUGUUGUAGCUACAUUGAACAGCGAAACAAGAUGUGCGAUUUUACAAUCAUAAAACGUGAAGUGCCUGAACCAUCGACGGCUGUAGUAAAGAGUGAAAUUGACACAGAUUCCUGGAGCAGUCAAGAGUCGAAAGAAAGAUUGCGAACUGCACUAGUAUACUGUGAGCAGCUUCUGGUUAAAAAUAAUUAUAUUACUCCGCACCCUUUGGCAGAAAUAAAAGAAGAUCAUAUCCGACUCGGAGAGAAAAUUUACUCCAAAAUUUUGGAAGUGCUGGCUGAACAUUCCUUUGUCAAUGACGAUGAGUUGAUUGGUUUUGACGAACCAGACAAAGAAGUCGCGUUUCACGAGGUAAAAAAUUCUGUAUCCAGAUUCUCAUCGGACGAGUAUCAGCCCGAUGAGGAAACGACAAAACCGGAUAUUGAUUACGUCCCAAUAGAGUACAAAAUAAAGAUUGUUAAUAUGGCAAAAGCGCACCCAAAAUGGUCGCUGAAGACCCUGCAUCGUAAGGGAGGAUCCCGCUUGAAAAGAUUGGACCAACUAAAACUGUGGGAGAAACAGAUCACCAGUGGUGGUACCAACAAAGAUAAAUUCAACAUAAUCGAUUCAUGCACAUACGAUAGCUUCGUGCAAGCUCGUCAAUCCAACCAAUCGGUCACAACAAAACAUUUGCAGCAAUGGGGUCUAGCUGCUGCCAGCCAAUUUCCAGAAUUGAAUUUCCAGGCCUCCGAAACGUGGGUGAAACGUUUCAAGCGACGGCACAAAAUUCGACAAAGGACGAUGACAAAAUAUGUACCAAAGCGAGAAACUACUGAAAUAAAAGAAACUGGAAACGAACAUGGGCCUUGAGAGGAAAUUAUGACGAGUAUUUUGUCAUUUACACCGGCCAAACAGGUUGUCAAUACCAGUCGUACCCUCGCCAAGUAAGGAUCAAAAGUGGUGCUGGUUUAUGAAAAGCCAUGAAUAAAGUGACUCAUUCGUCUACAGCACAAUAUGGCUGUACGAAAGAUUGUUUCCAAC